CGGUAGUGCUCGGCAAUCAACCGACUGGAACGCAUCAUGGUUUCGUCGUGAUUUCGCGCACCUCGUGAAUAACUCGUUCAAUUUUUCUUCCUCACUUUGUUUCAAUCGAAAGUAACUGUAUGGGCGUUUAAGAAAGAGAAGACAAAAGAGAUAUAGACGAACGAGGUGAAAUAAGGAAGGAAAAACACCGACUACCAUACUACUCCUACGACUACGACUACGACGACGACGACGACGACGACGACGACGACGACGACGACGUUAUUGAAAACGACAUUGAUCGAAGGAAAAGAAGAAGAAAAACACAUUAUUCUUUAUUGAACAUAUAUACAGUUUUAAAUUACAUAAAUCAACUAAAAUGAGUACGAUUUUAAAGGCUUCCAGUUUUAUUUCAAGAAAUUCACCAACAGUUACACUAACGACUACGAAAGUAAUGGUAAAUUUGAAUAAAUUGGGUUUACCUGUUAUCGGUGCACAUCAAUUUCAUCACACAUCUAAUAGAACAGCUGCCAAAGUAUCCGAUACAGUAUCUAAACAAUAUCCUCUGGUAGAUCAUAAAUACGAUGCUGUCGUCGUUGGUGCAGGUGGUGCAGGAUUGCGUGCAGCCUAUGGACUCGUCGCUGAAGGUUUUAAAACUGCAGUGGUUACAAAAUUAUUUCCAACUAGAUCACAUACCGUAGCUGCUCAAGGUGGUAUCAACGCUGCUUUGGGUAAUAUGGAAGAAGACAAUUGGCAGUGGCACAUGUAUGACACCGUUAAAGGAUCUGAUUGGCUUGGAGAUCAGGAUGCGAUACAUUAUAUGACACGCGAAGCUCCUAAAGCAGUCAUUGAAUUAGAAAAUUGUGGUAUGCCAUUCAGUCGGACUUCUGACGGAAAAAUAUAUCAACGCGCUUUUGGAGGUCAAUCGUUGAAAUUUGGAAAAGGAGGCCAAGCGCACAGAUGUUGUUGCGUUGCAGAUAGAACAGGCCAUUCCCUGCUGCAUACACUCUAUGGACAAUCUUUGAGUUACGAUUGUAAUUACUUCGUCGAAUAUUUUGCAUUGGAUUUACUUAUGGAAGACGGAGAAUGCAGAGGGGUUAUUGCACUUAAUCUAGAGGACGGUACACUUCAUCGUUUCCAUGCUAAAAAUACAGUAUUAGCAACCGGGGGUUAUGGACGUGCUUAUUUUUCCUGUACAUCCGCGCACACAUGUACAGGAGAUGGUACAGCAAUGGUAUCAAGAGCUAACCUACCUAAUCAAGAUUUGGAAUUUGUACAAUUCCAUCCAACCGGAAUCUAUGGUGCUGGUUGUCUGAUAACGGAAGGUAGUCGCGGAGAAGGUGGUUAUUUGAUAAACAGCCAAGGUGAAAGAUUUAUGGAACGUUACGCACCGGUUGCUAAAGAUCUAGCUUCGAGAGACGUAGUCUCUAGGUCAAUGACCAUAGAGAUACGUGAAGGAAGAGGUGUCGGACCGGAAAAAGAUCACAUUUAUUUGCAAUUACAUCAUUUGCCACCUGAACAAUUGGCAGCUAGAUUGCCUGGUAUUUCAGAGACUGCAAUGAUAUUCGCUGGAGUGGAUGUAACACGAGAACCUAUACCUGUUAUACCAACUGUGCAUUAUAAUAUGGGUGGUGUACCAACAAAUUAUAAAGGUCAAGUAUUAACCAGAAGAAAUGAUGAGGACCAAGUAGUACCCGGAUUAUACGCAUGUGGUGAAGCAGCCUCUGCUUCGGUUCACGGGGCUAAUCGACUUGGUGCAAAUUCAUUACUUGAUCUCGUUGUGUUUGGUCGAGCUUGUGCAAAGACAAUUGCGCAAGAAAAUAAACCUGGCGAAACUGUAGGACCAUUGAGAUCCAAUGCCGGCGAGGAGACAGUUGCUAAUUUGGAUUGGCUUAGAAAUGCUAAUGGUAAUGUUCCCACGGCAGACUUAAGACUGAGCAUGCAGAAAACUAUGCAAACACACGCCGCAGUGUUUAGAGAUGCACAAACUUUGCAAGAAGGAUGUCGAAAGAUGUCGGAACUUUAUAAAAGGAUGGGCGAUUUGAAACUAUCCGAUAGAUCGCUGAUAUGGAAUUCUGAUUUGGUAGAAACACUGGAGUUACAGAACUUGAUGAUCAAUGCUAUGCAAACAAUAGUAGCCGCAGAGAAUAGAAAAGAAAGUCGAGGAGCUCAUGCUCGUGAAGAUUUCAAAAAUAGAAUCGAUGAAUAUGAUUAUAGUAAACCUUUAGAUAAUCAAGAAGCAAAACCGUUGGAUCAACAUUGGAGAAAACAUACUCUUACAACUAUUAAUCCUAGAACAGGAGAAGUAUCUAUUAACUAUAGACCGGUGAUAGAUAACACGCUUAACAAACAGGAAUGCGCUACAGUACCACCAGCAAUUCGUUCCUAUUAGAUCGCUAUUAUUUUUAAUUUAAUAUCGAAAUUCACAUCAUUUAAGAAAAUUCGAGAUAUCACAUAUCGCAUAUAAAAAGUACAUUGUUCAUUUUGUCCUUAGUUAAAUAUCAUUGUGUGUUAAUUGGGAUUAAGAAAACAAAUCUUAAAUAAUUUUCUUCAUACUCCCUUUACCUACACACAAAAGAACUAAUUAAUUUAUUACAAUAUAAAAACUAUAAUAAUAAUAAUAAUAAUAAUAAUAGAAUGCACCAAAGUAAAUUCUUGUCAAUGUUUACACACUUAGCGGGUGAGAUUUAGUUAUCCUUGUAGGAUGUUGGUGCUGAUAUUUCAUUGUUUCAAGAUGAUAAACUGUUUGAUCUCCUACAGAGUCCUGUUUUAUGUUUAUUUAAAGUAAUUAUAGAAAGUAUGAUUUAAAGGGAACGAGCAAAAGAAAAAGGAAAAAAAAAAAAAAAAAAAAGAGAAAAGUAGAAACCUUUUAAGGAACUUGUUCUUCAUCGAUAAAUUAAAUAUUGUUAUUAACAAUAUUUUCAAGCGAGUUUAAUAUCAUGCGAAGAAGUACCUGCUGUGUAUCGUGCUGCAAUAAAGUAGCAUAUAUUUAUUAAAUUAAAUAUUGCAUAUAAUCCCUCUUGAAAAAAUUAACAGCUUUACAUAUAGAAUAUAAGUUAUUAGGUAAACUUAGAAAUUAUACAACAACACUUUUUCUCACUGAUCACCAAUUCAUGAUGAAGAAAGAAUAAAAAGUUCGUAAUCAUCACAAUUAAGUAUAUAGUGUGAGUGUGGCGUGUGUAUAUAUAUGUUUGUGUAUAUAUGUAUAUGUACAUGUAUACAUAUAUAUAUAUAUAUAUGCCUUAAAAUCAUGUCAAGCAAAUUAAGUUAUGAUCUAAAUUAAUUUGAAAUUGUUUUCAAUGUACAUUAUCUACAUUAAUAUUACUGUGAUUAUAAUCAUAAACUUAAAGAACUUUUUUUAAUAGACCUUUCUAAAGGAUUUAUAGGAACGUGUACUCCUUAAAAGGUUAUAUACAAAAUGAGUACACAGACUUCUUGCGGCUACAUACUUAAUACUCAUGGAUAUAAUAGUUUAGUCAAAAAUGUUUGUGUCGACAAUCAAAUUAUUGAUGCUUUCGCAUAAAUCUGUUUUUUUUUUUUCUUUUUUUUUUUUUUUUUUUUUUCAAAUUCGUAAUAGCAUGCAAUUUAUUGUUAUAUUUUGAAUGAAUAUGCAUGGGUUUGUAGCAUAUGUUAAUGGUGAAGAAACAAUAAAACUGUAUAAAAAACAUUUACAAUUAUUAUAAGGAAUAAAGCAUUGGUAAGAAUUUUCUCAUUAACUAAUGACAAACAACUCCACGUUUCUUUUAUAUAAACAAUUUAUCCUUGAUUUAAAUGAAUAAUAUUGAUGGAACAUGCAAAUACGAUUUGUCUUGAAACAAAAUUAACUAACAAUAGAGAAAGCACACAUAAUCCGAGAAAUAUCAUUUAUUAUGCCCAUAAUUUAAAUAUUAUCGUCAUAAAUAAGUAUUUUAAAGAAGAUUAAAUAAAAAUUACUCUAUUGAAGACAUUUUCUAAAGUAAUUUUAAAAAUUAAGAUGUUCGGCAAGAAGCCAAUACUUUUGAUUUUUUUGUUGUUGUUACUUGAAAAUUUCGUAAUUUACAAUUUAACUUUAAUGUUAUAUUUAAUGAAUAAAAAUGUUUUUCACGUUCGAAAAUGCGAUACGUAUUGGCGGCGAAAGUUUACGAUGAAAAGUCGUCGACAAAUGUUGUAUUGUGCAAGAGAAAAUUCAUGUCGAUAUUGAAUCAUUAUGUGCAAUAUUAUCAUUAUUAUUAAUAUUAUUAAAUUUCAAUAGAAAGACAAGAAAAAUAAAUGAAAAACGCAAAAGAAUCUUCAUAUAUCACCGCUUUCGACUAAUUUACACGGACUUAUCGACAUGCCUAUCGGUAAAUCCAUUUAGGAACCAUAUGUAUAAAUUAAACAACGAGCGACGUUGAACAAAAAUAAAGGAACAAGAAUUUUGUUUGUUUAAAAAACUUUGCUCGUUGUCUAGUUGCGAUGUGAUUAAUAAAUUGAACUAUUAUUCAUAAUCUACACGUACGCGGUCCAAUGAAUGAUUUCAUUAACAUUUUUUUUAUUAUUUAUAAUCUUUCGAAUUCAUCUAAGACCAAAUAUAAUUUGGUCUAAUUGUCACGUGAUAUUUAAUGAAAGUGUGCUUUAAGUAAAAAAUGUUUUAACGUUUCUUUAAUUCGUAUAUAUAAUUAGUAUACGAGUUACACAAUAAAUUAUUUUAAUUUUUAACUUGGUGCACACUUUCAUAAUCAACGGCUUAUAUCUAAAACAGAAAGAAAAAUUAUCCUUAAAUUUAACUUUUUUAGUUAACAUGUAAAAAAAGAAGCGACAUCGAUUGAUAAAAUUUGUUACAAUAUUUUCUUUGCAAUUUAGUUAAUGCAUUUGUUGCUUGCUAUUAUUCUUUUUUCCCUUAAACUUUCUCUUACAGUCUUUAACAAGAAUCCGUGUAGUCUACUUAAUAAUUCCAUGAUCCAUUAAUUCCAUCGAAUAAUAUAAUUCGAUGAUGAUAUAGUAAAUGCAAAAUAAAGGACUUUCGAUUUCGAAAUCUUAAUUGAAAGAUUUAAAAUGAUUAUGAUUAGAGUUAGAUUAUUAGCGAAGAUCAUAUAUUACACACGAACGCGAGAACACGCAUUUUUAUUCAAUUCAUUUUAUAUACGUUCUAUAAAUCACAAAUAAUUAUUUCUUGUUUUUUUUUUAUUUUUUUUUUAUUUUUUUUUUUUUUAUUUUUUUUUUCUUUUUUUUUCUUUAUUUAUUUAUUUAAUUGUAUGCCCAAAGUCUUAUAUUUUCUUUGCCGUCUUAAUUACAAACUCGAAUAAAGUUUAAUGAAUAUAUAGAAAAAGAAAGAGAAAAAAAGGAAAAAAAAGGAAAAAAAAAAAAAAAAAAAAAAAAAAAGAAAU